CCCCUCCCUUUCCGUCUGUGCUCGCCUCUAUCCUCUUCAGCUUUGCCUGCCUGUCAGAUAGGUACUCCAGUGUUGGAGGCUAGGCUACCCUCCUCCCGGACCACAUACGAGAGCCAGCCGCCGUCGUACCCCAAGGCUUGGGCUCCCCCACUCACGGUUUCAACCAUGGCAACCACUGUGGUUACUUCCACCCGGUUUACCGACGAGUACCAGCUGUACGAGGAGCUCGGGAAGGGAGCUUUUUCAGUGGUGCGUAGGUGUGUAAAGAAGUCAUCAGGACAGGAAUAUGCUGCAAAAAUCAUCAACACUAAGAAGCUGUCUGCAAGAGACCAUCAGAAGCUUGAGAGAGAGGCUCGUAUCUGUCGUCUGCUGAAGCACCCCAACAUCGUGAGACUCCAUGACAGCAUUUCAGAGGAAGGCUUUCAUUACCUAGUCUUUGACCUGGUGACAGGAGGAGAACUUUUUGAAGACAUUGUAGCCAGGGAGUACUACAGUGAGGCUGAUGCCAGUCAUUGCAUUAGUCAGAUCUUGGAGAGUGUCAAUCAUAUCCACCAGCAUGAUAUUGUGCACAGAGACCUCAAGCCUGAGAACCUGUUGUUGGCCAGUAAGAUGAAGGGAGCUGCAGUGAAGCUGGCAGACUUUGGCCUUGCUAUUGAAGUGCAAGGAGACCAGCAGGCUUGGUUUGGGUUUGCGGGCACCCCUGGCUACCUGUCCCCCGAAGUCCUGAGGAAGGACCCCUACGGCAAGCCGGUGGACAUCUGGGCUUGCGGUGUUAUUCUCUAUAUCUUGUUAGUGGGAUAUCCUCCAUUCUGGGAUGAAGAUCAACACAAACUCUAUCAGCAGAUCAAAGCUGGGGCAUACGAUUUCCCGUCCCCUGAGUGGGACACAGUGACUCCAGAGGCGAAAAACCUGAUCAACCAGAUGUUGACCAUCAACCCAGCCAAGAGAAUCACUUCCGACCAGGCCCUCAAACACCCCUGGAUCUGCCACCGUUCUACAGUGGCGUCUAUGAUGCACAGACAGGAAACUGUCGAGUGUCUCCGCAAGUUCAACGCUCGUCGAAAACUCAAGGGAGCCAUUCUCACCACAAUGCUGGUGUCCAGAAACUUCUCAGUGGGCCGGCAGCAUACCAACUCUGCUGCUGCCGCCUCCUCCACGGCCUCACUGGCUCAGGAAGCAUGCAAGAGUUUACUCAACAAGAAAUCAGAUUCUGCUAAGCCUUCUACCAACAACAGUAAGAACAGUAUAGUGAGCGCCAUCAAUGCCAUGAAAGACACCAACAUGGCAACCAACGCCCAGAUGGAAUCUCAGAGCACAGUGGUGCACAACCCUCCUGACGGAGUCAAGGGAUCAACGGAGAGCAACACCACCAACGACGAGGAGGAAAUGAAAGCGGACAGUUCGGUGCUGAGUCAGAGCAGCGCCACAGAGGAGAUGCCCCCACUUCUGCCCUCACCUCAAAGCUCACCUGCCAUUCCACCGCAUGAAGUAAAGCGCAUGGCAUGGAACAGCACGGGCAACAGCUCCUGCCCUGACUCUGAGUUCUCACAGUCCUCCAUGCCUGCCGCUCCACUAGGGAGCAACGCUGUCGCUGCUAUCAGCAACACUAAGCAGACUCGUAAACAGGAGAUCAUCAAGAUCACGGAGCAGCUGAUUGAAGCGAUCAACAAUGGAGAUUUUGAUGCCUACACGAGGAUUUGUGAUCCUGGACUCACCUCUUUUGAACCCGAGGCCCUGGGCAACCUGGUGGAGGGCAUGGACUUUCACAAGUUUUACUUUGAAAACUUGCUAAGCAAGAACAGCAAGCCGGUGCACACCACUCUGCUCAACCCCCACGUGCACCUGAUCGGCGAGGAAGCCGCGUGCAUCGCCUACAUCCGGCUCACACAGUUUGUGGACACCACAGGCCGCCCUCGUUCCAGCCAAUCGGAGGAGACCAGGGUGUGGCAUCGCCGCGAGGGCAAGUGGCUCAACGUUCACUUCCAUUGCUCUGGAGCGCCUGCUGCACCACUACAGUGAUCAGUGGUCCCGAGCCUCCAGUCUACUGGAGUGUGUGUUUUGGGGGGCAGAUUUUUUCAGCGAGCGUGUUUUAAGAGGCACGUCCUCUGCGUGGAGUGGCUAGUGCCAGGAGCCCGGCCGGGCAAGAUCGCAUCCCUCUCCACGAUACCAACCAAUCCUGUCCCCCCUUUGACCUGCUGGGGGCCGGCUGAACACAAGACACCGCCCCCAUGGGAUGAUGCAUGCAUCUGGCGCCUGAUUGGAGGGCGAGUCUUUGCCCUCUAUCCCUCCCCAUGGCAGCCAUCUUUUUUCUGCCCGCGCGACAUGAGACGUCCUGCGUGAGGAGAGGAUUUACAGUUGAACUUGUGACAGUUUAUGAGUAUGAGUUAUGAAUAUGCUGUGUAAAUUAUGACUAGAUGUACCAGAAACCACCAAAACCCAACCAAGCAUUUAUAUUCACUAUCUAAUAAGGGAGGAACAGAAGGGAGUGUGAGGUUAGCAGCUGAGAGAUUUUGGACACAUGUUUUGGCAUUGUAGGGAUUACCGGGUAGAAAGUGUUGUGCUCGUUACCCGGACGUUGAUGUAAAGAUGAAGGGAGAUUUUCCCCGUCUGUAUUCUAGAGGGGGGGAGGGGGGAGUCAAGUCUGCUCAGUCAGAACUUGAAGACGAGAGAAACUUGAUAUCAAAAACAUGAAGCACCAAAGUGUAGAACUUUAGGCUUUUUAUGUGUUUUCGUUUGUGUGCUUGUUUUCCGAACCGAACGGAAACUUGUGUUGUUGGGGGGGGGCGGGUGUUUUAUUUGAGGUUCCCUGUUUUUGUUGUGUUUUUAACGUCUUUGUUCCUUUUUUGUGUUUCUGUGAAUGACCGAAGCUUUUUUUUUUUUUUUUUCUUUUGUGGGUCUGACUGAUCCUAUAUUCAAGGCUCCUUUUUAAAGCAACAGAGUUCAAAAAAAAAAAAGAGGGAUUUAAUUGUGCAAGUUUAAAGCUAACGUGUGAACCUGUUGUCUGUAUGCAGUGGAGGGAGAGAGCGGGGCAGGGAAGGCGUCUGCGUUUUGCAUGUUUUCCCCGCCCCCUCUCCCUCAUUCAUCCCUCCCCACCCUCUACUUUUUUCUCCCUCUUAAACAAUUCCCUCUUUUAACCCUCCCACUCCUUUUUCUCUGCUUUCUGCAAGGGCCUGGUUUGUUUAUAAUCACUGUGUAAAUACAGUGUAUGUAUAGAUAUAUGUAGAAAAGUGUAAUAUAUGUACAUGUAUCUAAGAGACACUCAUCCUGUGCAUCUGGGAACCACCCCAUGACCUCUGUGACCCCCAAUCUAGUUUAGGUUUUACUCAACAAUUUUACAUUUUUCUUUUAAUUCUUCCUUUUAAAAUAUCGGUAGCUCUCCAUCAUUGACGGGAAAAAAACAUGAAUAAACACUCGUGCGGGCUUCCAGAUUGAGUCCCGUGGCCGUGAGACUGUUUUUAGAGACGGGGAAAAUAAAAUAAACAGGUUGAAAAAUAGUUUUACCCCUUUUUUUUUUUUUUUUCUUAAAGAAUCGUUUUUAAACAUGAAGACCUUCAUCGUAGUGUUCUUAACUCCUGAUCCCACAAUGCUGUGAGCCGUCUCUAUAUCAUAUGCGCGCACACGCACACACACACACGCGCGCACGCCUGGUGGUGUGUUUAGGCUUUUGUAACAUAUCUGCACCACUGCUGUGUGACCAAGGUGCCACCCUCGCUGUGCUGCUUAAUUGUUUCCAUCCAUUCGCGACAGUCGUAUCUUAAACCCCGCCCCCUCACUCCGAUAUCGCCCCCCCCCACCCCCCCCCCUGUGUACCAACCCGCUCUUGAGAUGUUUAUUUGUACCUCUCUCUGUUGUUGCUCGUUACUGGUUUGAGUUUUUUCGUUGUCGUCGCUGUUGCUGUUAACUUGUCGUUUGGUAAUUUGCCGAUCUGCCAAGCUGGAGUUCUGCACUCUCCCUCGUACACAGGAAAAAAAAAUUAAUAAAAAAAGGGAAAAGAGGGAGGAAGUAAAGACAACACACAUUACAGAUUGAGUGAUCAAGACUAAAUUAUUCAUAAAGGUAAUCUACCCAAGAAGGGUAUAAAUCGUGCCUGCUCAGUUGAGAGGAGUUUUGAAUGAGUUGGUUUGUGGGACCUCCACUGGGGAACCAGAGCGGGAGACCUAGUUAUAUGCAUGUUUCAGUUACACAUUUCUACCAUGUACCUACCUGAAUAAGGAUGGAGCCUAGUGUUAAUAUAUGAUAUUUGCAUCUUUUGAAUUAAGAAUAUCCUCCAUCCAGAAUGUUGAAUAGGUGACAUAAAAACUAUAUUUAAAAUACCGCAAAAAAAAAAAAAAAAAAAAGGAGCCGUAGCUUGGUAUGAGGCCCUCGAUGUUAGCGUUUUCCCUGCGUUGUAAUGAUAUAUUAUUGGGCUGCGCUUUCUCCCCCAGCCUUCACGUGGAUGCUGGAGUUUUUUUGCAUGAUCAUGAUGUACAAUGAAAUACAACCAUGAAUUGACGACUAUCAAGUGUUUGUCUGAGUGUUAGUUGGUCUUCAUCAUAGCUUUGUUAUUCUUCAAAAAAUUGGAUCUUAAAAAGUAUUUAAUAAAAAUACUAUUUCAGCACUGGUU